AUGAUGGAUUCCACUCCAGACCAAUCAAAAGUAGAUCAGAUGGCACUUGUGAUUCGGUACUGCACAUCGUCAAGUGUUCAUGAAAGAUUAGUUCAAUUAAGUCCUAUCAAAAGUCAUACAGGUGAAUCAAUAUUUGUUCUUUUAGAAGAAUUUCUUGAAAAAGCUGAACUUAAUAUAGUAAAUUGUCGCGGGCAGUCGUACGAUAAUGCCUCCAACAUGAGUGGGAAAUAUAAAGGAUUACAAGCACAUGUAAAGAAUAAAUGUGAUUUGGCUGUUUAUAUACCCUGCACGGCUCACUCCCUGAAUCUUGUUGGUGUUCAUAGUGUUGAUUGUUGUAUAGAAGCAGUCAGUUUUUUUGGAUUUCUACAAUGUAUAUUCAAUUUUUUUAGUGGAUCUACUCAUAGAUGGGACAUUUUGACCAAUACUUUAGAUAAAAAUGUGAAAGGCCGAUUACUUGUACUGAAAUCCCUUAGUCAAACUAGAUGGUCCUGUCACUCGGAUUCUUGUCAAGCACUUACUCAUAAUUACAUAAAAAUAAUAAAAGCUUUAAAAUGUAUUAGUGAAAAUAAUAGUAAAAAUGGAGACUCAAAAAGGGAUGCUAAAAUGCUUUUAAAACAAAUUAAAAAAAAAGAAACUGCAUAUCUUUCUUUUUUAUGGAAUGAUAUAUUGAAUAGGUCUAACAAGACAGUUCUUGUGACCCGUUGA